UUUCAGAAAAGUCAUCACUGAAGCUGAGAUUGAGUGCUCUGUGCAUUGGUGUAGGCCAGACUGAUUCAUAGAAACUCCUUUAAAACACCAGUGAGAAGAAGCCGCCCAGGACACACCCCAGCUCACCAGCCGAGGAAACUUAUAACCUCAGGAGGCAGGGCCCUCCCCUCACUGCAGUCGCACACCUCCAGUGGAGCAGACCGGGCAGCCACCAGCUCCUGCUUACUCCGGCCACCUCCGUUGCUGGGUCCCCCAAGAACUUUCUUCUCUCACAAGUGACCAAGCAAGGCACGAUGUUGGUGUUACUGGCUGCCAUCUUUGUGGUCCACAUCGCCACCUGUGUUAUGCUCUUUGUUUCGACCAUCGCCAAUGUCUGGGUGGUUGCAAAUUCAAUGAACUCAUCCGUAGGUCUCUGGAAAAACUGUACCAGUGGUGACUGCGUAGGCCUGACAUAUGGCGGUGAAGGUGCCAUCAAGGCGGUACAGGCCUUCAUGAUCCUCUCCAUCAUCUUCUCUGUCAUCUCCCUCCUCACCUUUGUGUUCCAGCUCUUCACCUUGGAGAAGGGAAAUCGCUUCUUCCUGACAGGGGCCACCAUGCUGGUGUGCUGGCUGUGUAUUUUGAUCGGAGCCUCCAUCUACACUAACCGUUAUGCCAACAGGGACAUCUCUAGUGGUGGUCAACAUCAUGGCUAUUCCUUCAUCCUGACCUGGAUCUGCUUCUGUUUUUCCUUUGUUGUUGGUGUUCUCUACUUGGUCCUGAGAAAGAAAUAAGGCUGAACAAGUGUAUGGGGACCUGGGGGGUGGGGAGGAGGAAGCAGUCGGAUCUGGGAGGGAAGU